UGAGGAGAUGUCAAAGCUGGUAGACUAUAAUAGUUGAGUUGCAACAUUUUACGUGACUAGUAUUUCUCAGAGGUGCCGUAAGUAAUCAGGAAAAUGGCAUCAGCUAUAACGGAAGACGUCCGAGCAAACAAUGAUCGAAGUGUGGUUGCAUCAUCAAUGGAACUCGAGAGAUCAAGGUGCUGGUUUCAGAGAAGAUGUUCAUGGCGACCAACCUCUAAAAGUUUGCUGGAAGCUGCAGAAGCGAGAAUUUGGAAAUUUGUCAAGUCUCGUUAUGAGGGCAAGCAUGUGCCAGUGGAAAACAAUGAAAGGAUAUGGACCUUAAAGUUUAAUCCUAAUGCAACUAAAGUACCACUGGUGAUGAUUCAUGGCUUUGGAGGAGGUGCUGGCCUGUGGGCACUGAACAUUGAUGCCUUAGCAAAACAUAGGACAGUGUAUGCAAUUGAUCUGUUAGGAUUUGGCCGCAGCUCACGACCACAGCUGAGUGGAGACCCGCAAGAAGCUGAAGAACAAUUUGUUACGUCUAUUGAACAAUGGCGGCAGGAAAUUGGGUUGGAAAAGUUUGUUCUCCUUGGGCACAGCUUUGGCGGCUUUCUGGCAAGUUCAUAUACAUUAAAACAUCCUUCCAGAGUUCAGCAUCUUAUCUUAGCAGACUCUUGGGGCUUUUCAGAGAAACCAGCAGAAUUACAGUACAAUAUUCCAACAUGGGUGAAGGUUGUGGCAACUCUUAUCCGCCCAUUUAAUCCGCUGGCAGGACUGCGAGCUGCAGGCCCGUGGGGACCAUCACUGGUGCAGAAAUUUAGGCCUGACCUUCAAGGGAAAUUUGCUAGUCUUCUAGAAGAUGACACCAUUUUCAACUACAUUUACCACUGCAAUGCUCAGAAACCAAGUGGUGAAACAGCUUUCAAGAAGAUGUCAGAGUUGUAUGGCUGGGCAAAAUUCCCCAUGAUUCACAGAAUUGGUGAAUUGGACAAAAACAUUCCAAUGACAAUGAUCCAUGGCUCAGAGUCUUGGAUUGAUUGUUCACCCAGCUAUCAAAUUAAAAAUAGUCGCAGUGGUUAUGUUGAUGUACAAGUGAUUGUUGAUGCUGGACACCAUGUUUAUGCAGAUCAGCCAGAGGCAUUUAACGUGGCUGUAAAUAAAAUUUGUCGCAAAGAGGAUAAACUACUUUAUGUGACCAUUGACUGAACUAAAACUCGCAGCUUUUAAGCAUGUAAAGAAAUAGGGACAUUAUUGAGGUAUCAGUUUAUAUAUCUUUACUGAUUGAACAAUAAUCAAGUCAUUUCUAUUUCAAGCUGACUUGAUCAGUGUUGAAUUUUUUGUGUCUAAAAACAUAACACUAAGGUAAGCUUAGAAACAUAUCUAUUGAUCUUAUUUUGACAUUCAUUCAUUCCAAUCUACUGGCUGGAAAAUCAUUGGAUAUUCUAAAGGGGAAUGAGGGUUUAAAAAACCAAACAUUUAAAACUAAUGCAACAAUCAAUUUGAAGCUUCAACAUCCCCCUCCUCCCCCCAUGCACCCCAUGAGCAUUUGUCUGUUAUCUGUGCCUGUAGGGUGGGGAAUUCAGACCUUACCAGGCUGGGGUGGGUAAUUUGAACUGGAAGUGUCAAGUCUUUCUAGUGAGAAUACAAAUGUUUUAUUGUAAAUAUGGUGAAGUUUAAAUGUAAAGAGCUGACUUCUUCAAAUGUUCCAAUGACUAGGGGGGCUGCCACAGAAAGGAGAUGUUAAAGCUUUGAAGUGAUUGAUGCUUCAGCAGCUAACAAAAUGAUGGAAUUUCUAAAGGUUUUGGGCUGGGGGGGGGAGGAGGAUUAAAACCAACAGCCAAAUUGUGCAUCAUAUUUAUAAAUGUAUUAGGAUACAUUUCUUUUACUUCUGCGAAGUUGUUUUCUUCAUUUCCCUGCAAAUGUAUGUCUAGACUCCCACAAUUCAUUUUAAACUAUCCACAUUAUCGUUUAACUUGUAACAUAACAUGAAUACUAUAAAAAAUGGUUCAUAGAACCCUUGUAUUUAAAAUAUUUAUAGUAUGUUGUUUUCAAAAAGUUAUACUUCACUCACAAAUC